UAUACGUCCAUGGAUGAAUCCGCUCCACUCUCCUCUUAAUUCUCUCUGAUAUCAUGGAUAUACAUAUUUUAUUAUUUUUUUUUACAAGGAUAUAGUGAAAGAUAAGAGUACGUGAUUUUGAAGAAAAAUGGUAAUCGAAGAAAAGCUGGAUCUUUCGAAGGAAAAUCAAACGCAAAAUGGAAUUACGACAAAAGAGCCGAGAAUAUAUUCCCUGGAGAUUCUAAAGAUAAUCAAGGAAGCACAGCAACAACAUGGGUUGAGACAUGGUGAUUACCAGCGAUAUCGCGGUUAUUGCUCAAGAAGGCUGAGAAGAUUGCGGAAAGUGUUGAAGGUGCCGCAGGGUGACAGACGUCAUUUCAAGAGGAGAGAUAUCACUGCGGCUAUGAUUAGUGAGGAUAAAUUUUUACAAAUGCCCUUGAUGAUGGCCGAGCGCGCGUGGAGUUAUGCGAUGCAGCUACGUCAGGAAUCUAAUACAGAGCCAAGAAAGAAGUUUCAUCUGAUAUCGAGACUCAAGAAAGCAGCUGUGUACUCUUUACAAUUGCAAGAUCUAAUAGAGAAUAUAAAUUGUGAUGCGCGUACGAAACUGGAGGCUCAGGCAUAUGUAGCCUGGAUGAAUGGUUCUCUGCAGUUUGAAUUGCAACUGUGGAAACAGGCUAUGGAAAACUUGAAGAAGGCCCAAGUGGUAUAUGGUAAUCUGGCAUCUGCGUUGCCAGAAUUAGAACAGGUCAUAUAUAAGGCGCGAGUGGAGGAAUUAGCACCUAGUCUUAGAUACUGCGCUUAUAACAUUGGAGACAUCAGUGCUAUGGAUGAUCUUAUGCAAAUGCGCGGGCAAUUGAGCGGCGAAUUGAUGGCCAGCCUAGAUUCUCUGAUAGCUCAGACGCGGGAAAAGCAAGCUAAUAUUGAGGAAGUGACAUGGCGUGGAAAAUCCUGCGGUACGGUGCCACCACGAGCAGCUGGUCUGAUCAUUGCAGACUCUAGGCUGAAUCAAGCUCUGGAAAGGGCUGCCACCAAUCAGGCGAAGAUCGAUCUGCUGGAGGCGCAUUUGAUAGAUUGUAAAGAUGCUCUAUUGGCAGUGCGUGAUCAUUUUAAAAACGAGUUGAAGAGCAAGGAGAAUGACAAGUGGUCACCACAGCAACAUCUGAUCAAUUAUCUGCAGUAUAUCCGAUUGUCUCGCACGUUGGAACGCAAUCUGACGCUGGUGAAGGCGGCAGAGGAAUCGGAGAAAGCCAAGCCGCAGGAUAUAGUACGCCUGUACGAAGCAGCGUUGCACAAUCUUGUGGAGAUAUCUCAGUUGCAAGAUGAUACAGAAUUCUUGGAGGAACAGGAAGCAAAGACAAAAUGUUACAGGGCCUUUAGAUGUUUCUAUAUGGCCCAGAGCCUCGCCAACUUGCAUCGUUGGCGUGAGGCUAUGGCCUUGUAUCAAAGAUCACUGCAACAUGUUAAAGACGCACUUAAAUACGAUAAGAUUCUUCCAGUCGAACUCAAGGAAGCUUUGUACAAAUUGGAGACCUCUGUGGAGGCUGCGCAGUAUGCUGCUCAUGCUCACAGCGUUUUGGAAGAUGGUCAAGAAGAAGAAAGUGGAACUAGUAAGCUUGCUAAAAGUAAGAAACCAUUGUAUGAACGUUUGCACGAGUAUAGAGAAGAUCCAGCGCUUCUCACGAAGCAACCAAACGUUUAUAAACUGCCACCACUGAUGCACAGCAUUCCAUGCAAACCUUUGUUCUUCGAUCUGGCCUUUAACAUGGUUGAAUUCCCUGAUCUGUCGCAUAAAAUGGGUGAUCAGGCUAAGAGAGGGCAAGCUGGUCUCACUGGCUUUGUUAAGGGUCUUUGGGACAGUAUUGGUUAG